GACACUCGCGUGCGCGCGUCGAACGGUUUCUGGCCAAAUUGUGCGAAGUGAAGGUGAAGGUGUGUGCGUGUGUGUGCGGGUGUGUAUGAGCCUUAACGGUAAACGGAAAACGGGAAAGGGAAAUGGGGAAAACGCUGCGCGGUUUCUGCUGAUACCGAAUCUCUAGAAUUAAUGCCAGCUAGCAAAAAUGUGAGCACCGAGCGAGUAUGCAAAUAAAUUAAUAAGCCAAAGUCAUUAACAAAUUAAAACGAGACACGCAAGGCCGAGAAAAAUAUCCUUUAUAUCCGUUAGCGGAGAGCAAACUAUACACGAUUAGUAACACAAGUCAAGUGCUUCAAGGAGCUGUUUGCUGGAAUGCUUUGAGGUUAAUACCACCCACCCAUCUAUCCAGCCUUUCUCCUCGUCUUGGCCAUCUCUUCGCUCCACCCCUCCAUCCGCUUUCUCCUCGACAGCGCCGCUUUCGUCACCGUCAAAAGGCAUCGAAGGUAAAUAUAGAAAUGGUAGCCUCAUUAGCGACUUAGUGGAAUGGCGUACGGGAAACCGUAGAAAGGAAACCAGAAACCACCAAAAAAUAAAAAGGAUAUACUGAAAGGGAUUAAAAGCAGCGACCGCUGAAAGGAGGCGAACCCAUAAAAAAAGGACAAAGAAAUUGAAUACUUAUAGCGAAUUUGAGCAUAAUGAGUUCGUUCUCUUGCCUCUAAAACCGAGCACCUUAAAUGCAAAUUGAUAUUAAGCUACAAAUCAUAAUCAACACGGCAAUUAAUUAAAUACGAAACCAAGUCAACAAUAAUUAAGCAGCAACCAUGGCCUCACCACCGGAGAGUCCCAUCGAGGAGGUGGUCUAUGAGUUGGAACACACACGCGUGCCUAAGCCCAUUCCCGUUGCCCUAGAGGAUCUCUGCCGCCAGACCAAGUUCACAAAACAGGAGAUUCGGGUCAUGUACAGAGGAUUUAAAACGGAAUGCCCCGAGGGCGUGGUGCACGAGGAUUGUUUUAAGGAUAUUUACGCCAAAUUCUUUCCACAUGGCAAUUCCAGUUUAUACGCUCAUUAUGUGUUCAAAGCGUUCGAUGUUAAUUGCAAUGGCGCCAUUAGUUUUCGGGAUUUACUGGUCACCUUAUCGACAUUGCUGCGCGGCUCCGUCUACGAGCGCCUGCGUUGGACCUUCAAGCUCUACGACUUGAACGGCGACGGUCGGAUCAGUCGCGGCGAGUUGAGCGAAAUCAUAUUGGCCAUACACGAGCUUAUGGGUAGGAGACCGCACCAGCCUGAGGACGAUCGCAAGGCGAGAGAUCAGGUGGAUCGUGUCUUUCGCAAGUUGGACUUGAAUCAGGAUGGGAUUAUAACGAUAGAGGAAUUUUUGGAGGCCUGUCUGAAGGACGACUUAGUAACGCGCUCUUUGCAAAUGUUCGACAAUGACCUUUGAUGACAAGAGGAUGAGCCCGAGCUACGCAACUCCAGGACUAUAAUAUCGCUUAUAGAUCUCUAAAUGAAAUAAGCGUUGGAAAACAACAUUAAAAUUUGAAAAAUAUACAAAAAAAAGUAAGAAAAGAAGAUACAAUUCAUAACAAAUACAUAACACCAGUGAAAUUGAUUGCAAAAAUGGAAGUGAAACGUAUUAGGAAUUAACAUUAGUUUAGGAAGAACAUUUAAAAACCAAACUUUAAACUUUAUGAGUGUGUUAUUAUAUAACUAACGAUGAGAUCGACUAAGAUUGAUCGAAUUAUGAAGAAUAUGUAAUUUUUUGAGCAUAUGAAUUUAUUCCUGCCGUGAAAAGCGAAUUGGUCUUUUAUGUAUUUACGAUAUAUAUGUCUGUAUGUAUGUAUAUGUAUGACAUAUAAAGAAUGAACAAUGCAAAUGAACUUCACUUAAAGAACAAAACUAAACUAAACCACCAAACCGAAUGUUUGAUUCAGGAAAGGAAUUGGUAUACCGACAACAAGAGAAAUCGAGCUCUAAACACGAUUUACUUUACUAUAAAUAUAAAUAACAAUAUCUAUAAUAUUUACACUUAACUAGCAUUGAUAGAAAACCAACACAAAUGUUUUCAAGUUGAUUUGGUUUUCGUUCUGAUAUAAAUUUUCAAAGUUGCCAACCCUUUGCGUCGCUGUCAAUUAAAACAUUAACUGCGGCACAUGAAAAUUAAAUUAAAGCUUGGGGGGAUUUCUGUUUUUAAUCAUGUUUGAGUUGCACAACAAUUUUCCCCAUCGACUAAUUGAAUUUGCAAUUUUCUCCAUAAACAUGGUCGCCACAACAUUGGUUUUAAAUGAAAAAAUAUUUUCUGUAAACACGCAUUAAUAAAAUAUGCCUGGGUUUUUUGUGCCCAACCAACCACCGAUAUAUAAAAAUAGCACAUGACAAUUAUUUUUUAUUUAAUAUUUAAACAAGGCCGUAUGCAAUUCAUAACACGACUCUUCAAUUGAAUUCAAUUACAUACGUCACAACGUAUUGUAUGGUAUUUACCAAUAAUAACAAUAACCUCACCCCAAUAAUGAAAUCAAGGUUUUCUGCACAGAAAGCUGGAAAAAUAUUGUUGAACAAACUAAGAAAAUGCAUCCUUUGGGAGCGAUAUCCUUCUGUGAAACUCACAAACAUUGAAUGCUUCACUGUGCACGGACAAGACAGGACAAUCAAUGUGGUUUGAUAUUUCCUUUUUAAGUUGUACACAUUGUUCUUCCAUAAUUGCUUUAAUUAAAGAUCAUAUUAUAAUUCUGUACAAACUCAAGCAGAAGCCUUAAAAAGACGAAAAGAAAUUAAAGAAAGAGAAAAUAGAGAAAAGCGUAUUUAUAAUAUGGAAUUGGCCUAAAACUGAAGGCGGAUUCUUGAACGAAAUAUUUGAAUGUUGGAUUUGAAAACAUGUCGGAGAAUAAUUAAUAAAUUUAGAUGUUUAACAUAGAUUUGAUCUUAAUUUACUUAAGAUGGAUCUGAGCUUCAGCAGGGUUAAAUAAUAAAUAUAUGGUAAUUAAAUAUUCUUCUACAUUUCUAAGAGUUUCCAAUAGGCCUACAGAAUACCACAGAUCUUCUUCCAUAAAUGUUCACAGAAAUGUGCAAUCAUCCGUCAAGUGUACUCCCAUCAACCGGCAAAGCCAUUUCAUAUGCAAUCAUUACCGAAAAUCUAAACGUUAGUUGAAAAGUGUUAAAAAUAACUUGCGUUUAAAUGUAUCUAUGCGACCUACUUGAUAAACCACCCACAAUUUCUAUAUCUUAAGAAAGGCUCUAUGCAAUACAAACUUACACUGUCCAAAACUAUGAACGGGAAACUAAUUGAUGUUAACUUAUCAUCACAAACGAGGAUGCUAAAUGUCUAACUAGUCGAAAUAAUAAUUUAUGAAAUCGAAACGCUUAAACCUAAAGUUAAAACCCUCUUUAAAACCUAAGUCGUUUAUUAGCCAAACUAAUUGGAAAAAAAUUACAAG